AUGCCUUCUCCGACAACCAUGAAAGCUGUCGUCAUUCAGGGUCCCGAGCAGGUCGCUGUUCUCGAGCGACCGAUCCCCAAGCCUGGCAAGGGCGAAGUCGUCGUCAAGGUCAGCCUGGCUGCUCUUUGUGGAUCUGACCUGCACAUCUAUCGUGGCCACCAGCCUGUGCCCAAGUACGACUUUGUGCUUGGCCACGAGUUUGUUGGUGAGGUCUACGAGCUCGGCGAAGGAAUCAAGAACUGGAAGAAGGGCGACAAGGUUGUGUCUCCUUUCACCAUCUCGUGCGGCGACUGCUUCUUCUGCAACCGCGGCCAGACCGGCCGCUGCACUCAGUCUCGAGUCUUUGGCUCGGUUCCUCUCGAUGGUGCUCAGGCAGAGUACGUCCUCGUUCCACUGGCAGACACGACCCUCUACCCCAUUCCUGCCGAUGUCCCCGACGAGAUUAUGCUCCUCACCGCCGACAUCUUCCCCACGGGCUACUUUGUCGCCAACAACGCUUACACAAUGCUCAACGAGGUCGAGCGCAAGGACACUGUCGCUGUCGUGAUCGGUUGCGGUCCUGUUGGUCUUUGUGCUAUCACUGCUGCUUGUUCGUUCUUCAAGACGGUUUACGCGGUCGACUCGGUCCCAGAGCGCCUCGCCGAGGCCAAAAAGCACGGCGCGAUCCCUCUCCACCUUACCGAUGACGACCCGGUCAAGACUGUCAAAGCAGCCACCGAGGGUCGAGGUGCUGACGUUGCGCUCGAGGUCGUCGGUGCUGGCCCAGCCCUCGACUUGGCUGUCCAGAUUGUCCGCAACUUUGGUGUCAUCUCAUCGUGCGGUAUUCACACACACGCCGUCACUCUGCAAGGCCCAGAUCUCUACAACAAGAAUCUUCGAUUCCAAUUCGGUCGCUGCCCCGUGCGAUCUGUAUUCGACCCCGCCGUCAAGCUCCUGUCCAAGCACCACGAUCUCUUUGGCAGUUUCAUUCAGCACACUCGCCCCAUCCAAGAUGCUCCCGAGUACUACAAGCUCUUCAACGAUCGCAAGGUGCUCAAGACCGUGUUCAAGAUGGAUCACGCCAAUUGA